GGUCAUCCCAGUUACAAUGGUGAUAGUGCUCAACUAGAUCCACAUCUUCUGAACUCCGAAAUAUUCCAGGAUCCAAUUUCUGUACGAUUGUCUCAAAAUUCAGGCAAUGACGAAAAGAAUCGAUCACAGAAUUCUUCAGUCCUCAAGUUUAUAUGCUCCUAGUUCAGGACUAACAAAUUCUCAUGUACAACAAAUUCAAAGUCAUGAAGGACAGUCUUCAAGAUCAUUGAAUGACAUGGGAUCAGAUAGACCACAUGCUGUGCCACAAUUCAGACAUCAUGCCCAGUUUCAUAGUGAGCGUCCUGGUCAGGCUCUGGGUACACAGAAUAGGGGACCUCUCAUCACAGAGGAGGACUUACAGCGAUAUAAUGUGAACUUCACUGACCCUGGGGCCUAUCAGCGAUACCAACAGGUACUGGCCAGGGAAAACAGUACUGGUGAAACAUACGCCAAAUUCUCGUCGGACCCAUAUCAUGGUCAAACUGUACAACAGGAACCACCCAUAGAGUUAGUGGAUAGUAUUUACAACCGAGUGCUACGUAAUGAAGAUCCCCGUCACAGAAACCAGAUGCCACAAGGAGCAUUUGAGGGUAGUUAUCUUGAUGCCAGGAAUGAUUCCAAUGCUGACUUACGUAAUGAAGAUCCCCAUCACAGAAACCAUAUGCCACAAGGAGCAUUUGAGGGUAGUUAUCUUGAUGCCAGGAAUGAUUCCAAUGCUGACUUAACUGAGACGGAGAAAGCUUUACUGUCCCGUAUCUACAAGGAGUAUGGAGCAGCACACCUGAGUGCUGGUGUGCCCCAGUGGUCAACCUCACUUACCAAUGGCCACAGUGUCCCCAGUAGUAAUGAGGUCUCGAUGUCCACUCCAAGCUCUGGACCAAUACCAACAUUUAAAACUCUGCAAGAACAACAGACUAGCUGGAUGCAGAUGUUCCAGACUCUGGAGGAGAGACAUGAGCAGGAGAUGAAACACCAGCUUCGUCAACACAAGGACACCAUAUUUAAUAUUCAACAGAGGAUGGAGAAUGAACUGUUUGAUCAGCAACAGCAGCUCAAGCACAAACUCAAGGUUCAUAAAAAGGCUUUGGAGGACAGUUCAUUCAACAGCACUGCCGAGUCACAGACACCAGAUACUUAUAGAGGUGAAGUGAGAUCUCCAUACAUAUCCCCAAGACAGAACACAGACAAAUCCCCAAGACAAGCCCAAAACAGGGAUUCAACAAGAAAUCCUCGCGAACACUCUCCCUCCUGGCGUGAAAUUUACCAGGAAGUCAGGCAGUCACUUGAGGAUCAUCCACCUGUUCGGCGAUCACUGGAUGGUGAGUUUACUCUUGCCCCUAGAGAGUCACCAUCACAGAGGGCUCACAGUUCACCCCCAACAUUAACAACACCUCCGAGGACAAGGUCACCAGAAAGACCUAGAUCACCACGGCCAAAAUCUCCACCAAGAUCAAGACUCCAACGGUCAAAAUCUCCACCUAUGUCAAGAUCAUCAAGGGCAAGGUCACCACCUAGGUCGAGGUCACCUGAAAUGAGAUCACCACCAAGGUCAAGAUCUCCGAAAGCAAGGUCAAGAUCCCCUAAGGCAGUAUCACCACCCAGAGCUAGAUCAAGGUCACCUCCAGUAUCUAGAUCCUAUCUAGAGAGGAUGACUGGCGAUGCAGGUGAGGUACCUCCCAGGGCUGGAGUAUACAGCAGUCCCAUGCCCAUACGCCGAGGGAAAGGCAGUCAGUCAAAGGUGUCUCCAUCAGCCAAACCAAGAACACCUCCUAGAAACAAGGAAAUCUACCCCCUGAUUGUCUCCCCUUCCAUGAGCGAGAAACGCCAGAGUUCUGUACUACAGAGGGAGCUAGAGGACCGACAUCGUGAACGUGUGGAGCAGCAGGAGAGUUUUAACUCAGAGCUGUAUAGCUCAGCCACCCUGUCUGAUGACGUUCAUCUUUCAUCUAGCACAAGAGUCGGAUUGAGAGAAAAGCAUGCCAAGCACAUGGCAGACCUCCGUGAAUACUAUGAGAAGGAGCUUCAGGGAUUGAGGCAGGCACUCAGAGCUUCUGAUAGUGACACUGCCAUUGGACACAAAUCACUUCAGCAUUUUGUAUCAGAAAAUGAGAGUUUACAUCAUGAGAUUGGGCUACAGAGAGAGAAGGUUUCUGAAUUAGAGGACAAACUGAGCUUGUCUGACAGGAGGAACUAUGACAUUGAACAGAAAGUGAAAGCUUUGGAGGCCAGGGCUGCUGAAUAUGCUGACUUCUACAAAGAGGCCCAGGAUAAGAUUUCCACAUUCCGCUCUACAGUAGAGGAGCUACAGUAUCGUAUUGGAGAGAAGGACGACUUACUAGAACAGCUGAGGGCAGAGAACAACGCACAUAAAAACAACCUGAAAAAGGCUAAAAAGGUACAAGAAGAUCAGGCUACCUACAUACACAGGGACCGUACAGCUUUGGAGAAGUUGGUAGAACAGUUCCAGGCCAAUGAGAGGGAGCGUAGCAUACUCAAGGAAUCGGUUAAUGAUCUAGAAAAUAAACUGUAUGAUGCUAGGACAGAGAAUGUGGAGAUGAAGAGAACCAUCACGAAGUUAGAGUUGGAGAACAGGAGACUGGGCAGGGAAAACGAUAACCUACACCAUAAAAUCUCCCAGGGUAUCAGUCACACAAUAUCCGGCUCUAUCUACAACAGUUUAAAUGAGUCCUUGGCAGUUCAGCAGGAAGCACUGGCCCUAGACCAUCGCCACCCUUCUCCUGCCAGGCCUGCCAGUAAGCCUACCCCAACUCAAACCAACCAUGCUUCUUCCAGACAUCACACAGAUCACACCUCAUCUAGGCUCCAUCCUCAAUCUGAUAGCCACUCUCCUACAAGGUCACAACCUGUAUCAGCACCUUAUGUGGACAAUAGUGGCCUAAACAACUCUGUACACCAAAGUCAGGAGAAUGUUCUGAAUGGAUCCUUCCAUCGAUCAGAGGACACUUUAUUGGUGAGAACACCACCCAGAAGUACAAGGUCAAGGUCACAACUAGAGAGGGAGGAUGAUCUGAUUCCUGUGACCUCUCCAAUCAUGCGGGCAGAAGAGGAGCUCUACCGAUUGCGAGACGUCUUACGGAACUCUCCCACACCAUCAAGGGAGCCUGCUCAGCCAAAAUUACAGAAGAAAAAGUUCUAUGGUAGUGAUGUGGUUACGCAAAGUCGACGGGCAGAUAUGUCCCCAGACAGGCGCUCAGACAAUUUGAAACUGAAGAAAAAAUCAACUCCUAGCUCACCAUUAGUGAAAUCCUCAAAGCAUUCCAAAUUAGAACCACCACAUUCUAAAUCAAGAUCUUCUCGUAAAACUACACAGACAUUAGUCAAAGACCAGAAUGGAAAAGAGGAUUUUUCUAGUCAGACAAGAUUUGAUGUAAAUGCUGACAAUCAAGUGCCAAGAUCUCCAGGUGAUGGUCAGCAUAACGGUGUUGUAUGGACAAACAAGAAACCCCCAGGUGGAGAUAACUCCAGUGUUACUCAUAACGAGGACAGAAAGAAAAAGAAAGAAGCUGUAGAACCCACUAUGACUGUGGAUCAGAUGCUGGACAGAGUACGAGCCGGGGAUUACCUCUCUAGACCUGACUGGGAAGAUAAAUACACAUCUAUGGCAUCUAAACCCAAGGCCUCUCCUGCUUCUCCACGACAACCUACAUCUCGUGAGGACAGAAUCAAGGAGAGACUGAGGUCCAUAGGUGACCUGGAACACCGAUACGAUGACCUCAAUACAGAAAAACGACAACUUGAAUCAGCUCUAAGUCGGUUACCUUCUCAUGGUAAAAGUAGGAAAAAGAAGGAGGAAAUAGAGGAUAACCUUGACCGAGUGGAGCGGGAACUGGGAUCAGUGAGAAUGUCACUGAAACGGUACAAUGUUCUCAAGUCUACUAUAUAAAAUUGUCACUGAAUCCAUGUACCGAACUCCAGGAUUCUGUGUACCGAUCUCCAGGACUCUGUGUCCCGAUCUCCAGGACUCUGUAUAUGUGUAUCAAGGACUUUUUGUACCACGUUCACUGAAGUGAGAUAUAACUAUGUUUGUGUACCAAGGACUUUCACGUUCACUGAAGUGAGAUAUAACUGUGUUUGUGACAAAGGACAGAAAUGCCAAGAAAACUGGAGUCUUCCUAGGAUAUUCCCUGUUAUACGCUGCCAGCCCAGAUCACAUUCUCUAUGACUCUGGGUUAAAAAAGAACUAUAUACUGCCUUCUUACAAUAUGACAAUGUUCAGGAUGUGAUAAUCAGUUUUCACCUGAAUCUGUUUUAUUAUACAUUUUGAGAUGGUAAUAAUUAACCUAAUCAGUUACAUUUGAAUUAAUGUAAUUGGAUUGUUGUUAAUUAGUUAUGAUUAUAUACAUAUAAUUAUUCCUUGAUGGUUAAUUUCAAAUUAGUUAAUAUUAUAUAUGAUACAUGGUUUUAGUGUAGCUAUCUCCAGCUCCACGAAACGUAGCUAUCUCCAGCUCCACAAAACUGAAACUGUUCUUAGCAUUUUAAUCCUCUCUUCCUCGAUCUUUAAUGUUCAAGAAUUCUCAACAGUGUCUCAUGAUCAUAGGUCUGACAUCAUUUGAAACCUUGAUGUUUGUAAAUGUCUUAGACACAACCAAUUCACUGUUUCAGAUAUUGAAAAAAUACAUUUCAAACUGUUAUUGGAUAUAUUGAAUUAUUGCAGAUGAUAUCAAUAUAUGUCACAUGUACAUGAUCAUAAAUGAAACAACAAAAGUCAGAUUUGAUAAAUAACUGUUAUAACGAUGUAGAUAAGGAUUUUUUCACAUCAGGCAGAGAUCUUUAAUUCAUUAAAAGUAAAUUGGCUACAUCUUUAUAUUCAUAGUCAAUGAAAAAAGAUGAUUAUUUUUCAAUUGUAAACAAUACUACCAUUUUUCAAUAAUUCUACAAGAAUAACUGAGUUUCCUCCCUUUAAAUACCUUGAAAUAUAUGUAGACAAAUCAAUUCAUCCAUUUCAGAUCUCUAUGGGGAAAAUAUAAACUAACUGUUUAACAUGAUAUUCUUAUUCUAUUUGAUUAUACAAGUAGUUAUACUAUAAACAGUAAAAGCUAGCAGUUAUUAUAUAUAUAAUUCAGCUGUAGAUCAUAUAUUGCCAAUUUUAAAGUGAUGUACGUACAUACUAGCAAUGGUAGUUAAUAUAUUCUGUAGGGAAGAUUCAAAACAACCAGCAAAUUAUAUAGGAAAAAGCUGUUAACUAGUUGCUGCUUAUAGCUAUAUACAUCCAUGUAGCCAUAAAUGUAUAUUUGUAAAUAGAGUUUGUGUAUAUAUAAUUGACAUUAUAAUUACUCUUCUUGUAUAUAAAUGUAUAUUUGUAAACGGUAGUAGAGGUUGUGUAAACUGACAUUGUUAUUAUUAUACUGGUAUGUAAAUGUAAGUAUAUACUCACAGUUUUAUCACUUAACACCUGCCUACAUUAAUCAUUAAUUGUUAUAAGCUUGGUGCAGAAUUGUGCGUCACUUCUACCUUCUUGCCAUAGUGUUUUAGUAUGUUGUUUUAUAACGAUAAUCACAAUUCAUUUGAUAAUCAGUGUUAAAUUUUAUCACAACAUUUUAUAACUUGUCGCUAUAUAAUUAAUCCGGUCAAACUAAGGCCAGUUAUAUCAACUUUUUACUGCUUUGCUUAUUAGGGGUUGCAGAUUUGUUCAAAAUUCCUUUGUUAUUCACUGUAAACUAUAUUUGUUUAUGUUUUGAUUUAACUAAUUCUGUCUCAUUUUAAUUUAUGAACUAUUAUCUAUUGAUUAAUCGGUAUCAGUUUGAUUUGUGAUAAAUCGGGUAUAUUUAUUAUCAAUUGUUAAUCAUUCUUGAUUAUAUAUAUUUAUGUUUUAAUGUACAGUAUGGAUCACAUGGUCGACCAUUAAUCACAAACUUCUAAUGAAAUUUGUAAAAUCUUUCAUACAGGCUGACAAAUAUUUCAUGUGGCACCUAAUAUUUUGUUUGAGAAAGACUGUAGCAUUCUAAAAAGAUU